UCCAGACUCCCGUUAUCCCAUCUCAUGAUGAAUAUUCCCGCGCGCGCUCCAGUCUGUAAGGUGAAGGUGUUCGUGUGCUUUCUUGUGUGCACAUGUGUCACUAUGACGUUCCUUCAGUGGACUCAUGUGUGGAUGCUCAGGGCGGAAAUCACUGAAAUCAAACAUCGCUUCAGGCCUCGCGAUACACAGGACAGCGCGAUGUGCUGCGCGUGCUGCGGGGUGAGCGGGUAUGACGGAUUCUCUGAGAGAAAGACACCCAAAGGCAACAGAGACAAGAGAGAUGUGACCGAGCUGAAGAAACAGAGACAGAAACGAAACACAGAGCAUCACAUGUUUCUCCAUCUUGUUCCUGUGUCAUCUCAGUCUUGCAAUGAUCGUGACACCACAGUUCUGUCUUGGGCCGUUGGGCAGAGCCGAGGGAACGCGCUCCAGGUAUCAGGUGAUACGGUAACCGUGGUGACCGAGGGCACUUACUUUAUUUACAGUCAGGUCCUUUAUAAACACAACACUUUGGUGAUGGGUCAUGUGAUCACAAAGAACCUCAAAGGGGCGGAGUCUAAGCUAAUGAAGUGUCUAAAGAGCACGCCCAGUAAUGACAGCCAGUCGCCGCCUAACACAUGCUACACCGCUGGCAUUCACUUUCUGGAGUCUGGAUCCACUCUUCAGCUCUCCAUCCCUCGCAGAUCAGCAGAACUCAUCCUUACAGCUCACGCUACCUUCAUGGGAAUUCUGAACAUAUGACACGGAGGCACACACACGCACACACACACGCACGCACACGCAGGCUUCGGUUGACUAUCCCCGUGGGGACAGUCCAUAGGCGUAAUGUUUUUAUACUGUACAAACUGUAUAUUCUAUCCCCUAUCCCUAACCCUAUCCCUAAACCUAAAGAUCAUAGAACACUUUUUGCAUUUUUAGAUUUGUAAAAAAUAUUGUUCUGUACAAUUUAUAAGCUUUUAUGACCAUGAGGACCUCAAUUUUGGUCCCCACAGUGACACGAGUCCCCAUGUGUUGGUGUGUGUGUUCAGGUUUAGGUCCCCACCGGGAUAUACAAACAUGAACACACACACACACACACACACACACACGUUGGGUUUCCAUGUUUUAUGGGGACAUUCCAUAGACGCAAUGGUUUUUAUACUGUAAAAACUGUAUAUCAUAUUCCCUACACCUAACCCUAACAAUCACACACAACUGUCUGCUCUUUUAGAUAGUUAGUUAAUUCUGUAUGAUUUAUAAGCUUGUUUCCUCAUGGGGACAAAAACAAUGUCCCUUCAAGGACAAGGGUUUUGGAUAUUGCCAUCUUUGUGGGGACAUUUUGUCCCCAUACCGUAGGGUUUACCCUCCCCCCCCCACACACACACACACUUAAUUUAAUAGCCUAGAAUCUAGCUCCAAAAAGUAUUUGGACAUUUAAGCCACACAUUUGAUUGAAUAAAUAUAAUAUUACUUUUCAGGACCUUUGCAACUGCAUUGCAAAUACUUCACGCAAAAAUUCUGACAAAUCUCAUAUCAUUUAAAACCUGUGUUUUUACAAUGAAAGUCAAUGGCACCCAAUUGUUUAAUUUUUUUUUGGUUGUUUACAUUCUUCAAAAUAUCUUUGUGUUUUGCAUAAAAAAGAAAGUUAUACAAAUUUGUAAUGAUAAGGACAUGAGGGGAAGUAAAUGAUGAAAAAAAAUUUGGCCAAACUAUCCUUUAAUUCUGAAAGCAUUGCAAAUACCAUGCGAGCACUUUUAAGCGGUGCAUUGAUGACACCUAGUGGUCAAUUGGAACACUGCCGUAUUAGAAAUGGUACUUGCUGUUUCAUGGUUAUGUACUUAUCAGUGGAUAUAAUCUGUAUAAUAUUUGUUUGUUAGCUCAAACUUCUGAAUAGAUAACAAGCAACAAACAUGGUUGGAAACACAUUGAAAAAACAAUAUGGACCGUAAAAGUAUUACUGAGUAUAACCAAGAAAUACUCCAUCUGAUACGAUGAAUCGCGUAUCACCACAUCUCACAUUUCUGUAAGGGUAAUUUCUUGAGAAUCUCAUUUUUAUUUAAAAAUGUUCGCAUGAACUAAUACAACAUAUUAAUAAUAAUGAACACAUAUUUUUUAAUUUAUAAAGUUAAACUUUGUACAGCACUUUUAACGAGUUUAUAAGUAAAUAAUACAGCUGUCCCAUGCGAUGCUUUUAAUAUACUUUAAUUGCUUUUUAUAUGUUAUUUAUGUAUCGAGAAGGCCUCUACCGUUUCAGCUAGUUUUACAAUGUCUUAUAAAUUGAUAGACAUCUACUGUGACUCACUUGAAAUCUCUUUCAAGUUUUUGAACGUUUUUAUCUAGCAGGAACACACACAGCCGAUAGACUCUCUCCUGAGAAAGCUUGUUUUAAUUUGAUCUAAAUUGCAUUAAUACAAUAGUUACCUAACAAUCAAAUGACAAAGCCAACAAUGUGUGUAGUUAUUGAAUGUUUCAGAGGUGUGUGUGUGAUAGUAAAUAAGUCGUUAUCAGGAAGUACAUCUUUGGGAACAUUCGGUCUCACGAACCAUUAAAUGAAAUCUCCUUCGCUAAACUCUCAACCUCGGACGCUGUGAUGUGCCCUUUUAACUUUUCCCAUCAUUUCCCUGGAUAACCUUCCUGAGCCAAGGUUAUCUGACUGAAUUGUUCAUAAAUCACCCAGAUUUAAUUGUAUGCUGGAGUGUUUGGAAAAACACCAACUUUUCAUCAAUCGAAAUAACAAAGAAGGUGCAGUUACAGCAAACAAAACGAUGAUAACAAAACAGCAAACCAAAUUAAAAUAUACAAGUCAAGCAUAACAUUUCAUAAAUAGGCUUGUUAGAUUUUAAAUGAUAAAAUAAUAGAAAUAUUGUUCAAAAUUAACCUCUGGUUAAUUUGAAAGGACACAUGUGUAAACAAGAGGUGAAUAAUUAUUACUUAAAAGUUUGCAGAUGUCAUGAUGUUUGAUAUUUUGUGUCUUUUUUGGAGCUAUUGUGUGUGUGAGAGGUGAAAAGCAGGUUAGACGUUGUGUGUUUGCGUGUGUUUCAUCGUUCUGUGCUCAUACAGUGGCUUCCUCAAUUCUUGUUCCUGCAUGCAGAGGUCAGAAAAGCCUCCACUCGGAGGAAUAAAACAAAAAAGAGAGAAAAAAAACAUCUUCCUCCCAUUUUGGGCUUUGCCAUUCUGGGUAACCUUUAUUGUCUGACAGGGUCAGGAUUGUGGUUGCUGAUGUAAUAACACACACACACUGCACACGGUCCUGUGGCUCCGGACAGGAUGGCUGUGUUUGUCAUUACUCACAGCAGUUGUGAUUAUAGUUUCAGAAUUCCAGCGCACUGACGAUGUCUAUGGGUUUCUCUCAAUAAACGGUGCCAUGUGUCCUCGUGACUCAUUCAUGAUAACAUUACCAGGUUAAAUCACGGACAUUUAAAUAGAAAAAAGUAUGUAACUGUAAAUGUGUUUAGUGUUUAAUGCAGAAAACUAAAACUGGAAUAUCAGUGAUGUAUUCGUCAAUUUUAAUUGAUUAUAUUAUAUAAAAUAAGGGAAAUAAAAC